GAAACAGUGCUUUAUUUUAUUUAUUUAUAUUUCAAAUUUGUCACUGCCCACCUCGCUCAAGAGCGACUUUGGGCGGUUUGCAGUAAAACAACAAAUAUUAAUUAGGAUACAAUACAGACAGCAUUCCUACAUAAAUAAAUAGAUACCUUCCAAUAUUCAGAGCGCCAUUCCAAGCCUGGGGUUGCCCACUCCCCGGCUUUAAUCGCCUUUCACUUCCUGCCCCUCCAGCUAAUUUUCAGCUAAUGCACCGCCGUUUCUGUCUUGAUCUGGCUCCUGAGGUCUCCCUGCACAGCUCUGGAGGAAGAGCAGCGAAUCAGUGAAUUUGAUUUUGCAACCCAAAUUCACGCAGCUUGGCUCGGAUGCUUUGUGGACGCUCUCCACGGCUACUCAGGGGCCUCGCAGCUUACCCCCUAUCGAGUGCAUGGGGGGAGGAAGGCGACUCUGGAGCUGGGACUGCAAGCAACCCCAAAGGGGGGUUUCUGCCCCGUGUCUAGUGAAGCUCUUCGCUUUUUUGGUGGGGAUCCUGCAACGUUGGUUUGUCUUUUUAUUUCUUUCUUUAUUUUGCAAAGGUAUAUAGCCACCCAUCUCACGCAACGUGACUCUGGGCAGCAGGCAAAGCUAAGGACAGCUGAAAUAAACCAUGAAACGCUCAAAUGGCUGCCGUUCCCUUCCCGUGGGACACCCGGGCUACAUCAGCCACGACAAGGAAACGUCGAUCAAAUACAUCAGCCACCAGCACCCCAACCACCCCCAGCUCUUCAGCAUCGUGCGCCAGGCUUGUGUGCGCAGCCUCAGCUGUGAGGUUUGCCCGGGACGGGAAGGCCCCAUCUUCUUCGGAGACGAACAGCACGGUUUUGUGUUCAGCCACACCUUCUUCAUCAAGGACAGCCUGGCCCGCGGCUUCCAGCGCUGGUACAGCAUCAUCGCCAUCAUGAUGGACCGCAUCUACCUCAUCAACUCCUGGCCUUUUCUCCUGGGGAAGAUCCGGGGCAUCGUCGAUGAGCUGCAGGGGAAGGCUCUGAAGGUCUUUGAAGCUGAGCAGUACGGAUGUCCGCAGCGUGCCCAGCGCAUGAACACGGCGUUCACGCCUUUUCUGCAUCAGCGGAAUGGCAACGCGGCUCGCUCGCUCACUUCUCUCACCAAUGACGAGAACCUGUGGGCCUGUCUUCACACUUCCUUUGCUUGGCUCCUGAAGGCCUGUGGUAGCAGACUCACGGAGAAGCUGUUGGAGGGGGCGCCAACAGAGGACACUUUGGUUCAGAUGGAAAAGCUAGCUGGUAAAGGACUGGGCAGAAGCCCUUUUCUACAAGGAGCUUUGAGCUGCGAUGAAAACGGCUGUGGGCUGCUGAGGAUCGGAAUGGGGGCAGUUCCAAAAGGGGUAGAAUGCAGAACAUCCUCUGACCAAUUUAUCCCCUUGGUGGUACCUCUUCGGUGCAUGUGCAAACAAAGCAGGAUCAAGUCCCAGGGAGGGCCCAGAAAGUAAGGGGGCUACACAGGAUCCAGGGAUAGCAAGAUCCCCUUUCGGUUUGGAUCAGUUAGGAUUGCUCUUAGGGUGAGGAAAGAUCUUUCUUUGUCGUCUCUGUCAUGGGUUGUUGUUGUUU